AUGUCCAAGCCCCGUGUCGCCGAUCCAAAGGCCAUCAAGGCCUUUGGCUUGACGCAGAUCUAUACCCCGCGCGAUGAGCCUACGAUCGAUAUUGUCUUUGUUCACGGCCUGAACGGUCACCCUCACGAUACUUGGACCAGCAAAACCACCGGUUGCUUCUGGCCUACGGAACUUCUCCCGGACGUGCUUGCCUCACUGUGUCCCCGCAUCCUUACUUACGGCUACAAUGCCAAUGUCACUGCCUUUACGGAUGGAGCUUCGCGUGAUUCAGUCGUCAGCCAUGCUGAGACUCUUGCAUCCACUUUGGCUGCUAAUCGAAAUCUGCGAGACUGCUCCAACCGUCCGAUCAUCUUCAUUUGCCACUCGCUGGGGGGGCUGAUCGUGAAGCGCGCCCUGAUAUACUCCCGUAGUCUCUCAAAUGAGAAGACUGAGCAUCUACGUUCAGUCUAUGUUUCCACUUUUGGUAUCCUCUUCCUCGGCACACCUCACAAUGGAUCUGACAUUGCGAAAUGGGGUUUGCUAUUGCACAACAUCUGCAAUGCUGUGCUCCCAAAGAAAUUUAUGGAGUCGUCUCCGCAGCUGGUCAAAGCGCUGCGGACUAACAAUGAAACACUGCAGCACAUCAACAGUCUCUUCGUUGAUAUCAUGGGCCGAUUCCACAUCUACUUCUUCCAUGAAACACGGUCCACCGACGUGCGUGGUACCCGCGAAGUGAUCGUGGACGAGCACUCCGCCGCGCCGUACAUGGAGGGUGUGGAGCGGGCGGGCAUCGAGGCCGACCAUAGCCACAUGUGCAAGUUUGACGAUGACAAUGCGGCGGGCUAUGAGGUUGUAGCGGAGGCGAUUCUCCGGUACUCGCGUCAGGCUCCUGCGGUGAUUACGGAGCGCUGGGCGGAAGAGAAGAAAGCCCGCACCCAGGAAAAGAAGGCUAAGGCUAGGGAAAUCUAUGACGGCCAAUCCAUAUUAUCGCUACCGCGUGCCCCUGCGUCGGAAGGCCGAAAUUCCCCAGUCUCUGACCUGGGAAACAGUGGACUUCUCCAACUCUCCCACUAUUCCACCAAAGAUUCGCCUCUAUUCGUGGCACCUCCGGGAUUUCAUCCUAACGCUACUUUUUUUGGAAUGGAGAAAGAACUUGAAGUGUUGCACAACCGGUUGUUCAAAGCCAAAGCGCGUCCAGAAAAGACAAUGGCCGUACUGAUCUCCGGCGUGCCAGGCUCCGGCAAGACACAUCUAGCGCGGCAGUACGUGUUCACUCAGCGUGACUGCUACCCAGGCGGCAUAUUUUGGAUUGACGCCAAGUCCCGUGAAUCAACGUACAAGUGCUUUUGGGAGAUUGCCCAAGCAGCUACACUGAUUGAACAGAAGGUGACCAUGAAUCCUGAGUAUCAUGAGACUGCAAAGUACGUGAAUGCAGUUCGCCUCUGGCUUCAGACACGUAAGGAUUGGCUCCUCGUCUUCGAUGGUGUUACCUUCGACUGCGACGACGAUAUCAACAAGUUCAGGGAGGUCUUGCCAUGGAGCAAACAGUGCAGUAUUAUAUACACCUCGGUGGACACAACGCUGCGCAAAAAGCAGCGACUAUACGAGCCCUAUUGUCUGAUGAUCUCGCGGUUGCAAGUGGAAGACGCUUGCAGGCUUUUGUUCAAGGAUCUUGGGAUUACGCGAGCGACACCUGAGCAAAUCUCCAAGGCUACCCGGAUAGUCGAGCACUACGAAUGUCUCCCUUUAGCUAUCCAUGCAAUUGGGCACCGUCUCAACGCGACAGGUAAACCGAUUGAAAAGUAUCAUGUCAAAUCUCAGGUGACGGACAAGAAGCUCGCAGAACCUUUCUUGAGCAUCAUGAACGAUUUGUUUCGGUUGCAGCAAAAGCAGGCGCUACACUUGAUUAAUCUUCUUUCGUUUCUUGGCCAUCAGGUGCCGGUGGGCCUUCUGAACCUCGGUCGAGCGGCUAUGGCCGCUGAGAAUUUGGAGAUCCAGACCAGCGCCCAACCCGGAGAGGAUCCUGAUCUUGAUACCACACUUGGAACACUCAUUCACUAUGGCUUGGUCGAACGGAUUUCAGAUGCCGACCUCUUCCAGCAAAGGUCGUCUGUGCAUCGUUUUGGGGGCGAUCGUAUGAGCCCGGAUGCGAAGAUCGUUCCGGAACUCUCAGAUUCUCUGACAGAGAGCAGCCAAGAAGGAUUCUUCUCCAUCUACCGUCAGGAAUCGGUGGUUGACGUAGUCAAGAUCCACAGUGUGGUGCAGGGGUUCUGUCGUGAUGAGCUCCGAAUCAAGGACGAAGAGAACAAAGGCAUCAUGAACAAGAAUGACCCUGGUUUCUUUGAUACUUGGUUGAUUGUUGCCACUCGAUUCCUUAUCACGUCUUACGAAGCUGCUAUGGGACGGAUAGCUCAUUACGAAGACUGUGGCCUUGUCCGGGACUACCGAGAGUACGAAACUCACGCUUCACGACUGCUUGAGCUUUUUCCAAAGAAGGCAUCCAUCAACCUUCAUCCACUAAUCGUUCGUGAAACUAGAGAGAAUUUGCGACGGUUGACGAAGAUCAUAAGCAAAGAAAUAGAGAACAUGUCUCCAAGCUCCUCACACCACUCUAUACGGAAUCAAAAGUCGGUUUUCGACAGGUCAAGUAGCUCGUCGUCAUCCUUCCGCGAUUCAUCAGCCGACGAAGGUCCAUCGCGCCAGUCUACCUUCAACUGGAGUGAUCUCGGGUCAGCUCGAGCGGAAUCUCCGGAGGAGAUGGGUAUGCCGCCUCCCCAGUUCAGAUUAGAGCUUUUCCCACCACAUAUAUUCAGAGAGGCUGGGUAUGAAUCCGAAGAAGGCUAUGAAACGGACGGGGAAGUCAAGGGGGAAAUUCGAAUCUCUCCAGCCAUGUCGCAAAUAAGCCAAACCACGGAGAAACCGAAUAAGACACCUCCCUCAUCGAGUCCUCCACCAAUCACUGGCCUAUCGGAGUGGCAAGUGGUCAAUCGACAUUCAAAGCCAUGGUCAAAUAAAGAGAGUCAAACAAAGAGGCGGAACAAAGGCCCUCGUCGCUUUAGAGAUACCAGGUUCGACACUCCACUGGUCGAACUGUCCUCCAUCCAAGGGAAAGGAUCAUCAAGCCGCACAAGCACUGCCGAAACAGGGAGCUCUUUGCCAGCUUCCGAGGCUGAGCAAGCACUCGCUGCAGUGCGUCGAUCUAGCAAUCCUCAUGCGUCGGCUGAAGCUCCGCAGGCUACAAUCACCUCUCCACCGGCAAACAAGGAGAACAGGCCAACGUAUGCGAAUGUGGCCACCCGACGAAUGUUAGAGGUAGACACUAUGGCGAAGCGCCCAUCAUUCGUUCCUACUUUGCAGUCUUUGGACCUAGCUAGCGGUUUACAUUUGAAUGGCGGCUUGCAGAUGAAACCGUCUGCUGAGUCGCUCGACAAUCAAGCUGGCUACGCCUUUACGUCUCCGCUAUACCAUGACGUAUCUGAUGAAUUGAUGACCGAGCCUCUGAGCCGGUCAACCUACAGUGAGCCUGACUAUAAUGCGCUCAGUCACCACCACGAAACAGACUUACAUACCGCACCUGGAUCCCGGGCUCCCUCUCGUCGUGGUUCAGUGGCACAUCUGGAGGUCCCACGAAGUCUAUCUGCAAGCGUGCCGUCCCUCCUUCCUUAUCCACCACCACUCCCAUACGAUGAGAACAUCUCUGUCACCCUUCCGACCCGCAGAAGAUCCUCUCAAUUCCCACCAAGCUCAGCAACUGCCUCAAGCGCUGCUAGACCUUCUUCAAUUGCUCAUCCAUCCGCAAUCAUGCCCAGCGCAUUACCAUCAUCUAAUGCCAAAAUACAGGUGGGCUCAGCCCCAGAGCGCUCCAUUCCCGAGCCGAUGUCGCGUGACUCUUCCGGGUACUCCCAUCAGUCGUGGGCCACAGAACCCGUGCGGUAUCCCCCACGGUUCUCACCAGUUCCAAGUUUCCAACAGGCUGCCGAGAUGAUCCCAAGCCCACCAUCAAGCUUGCAACAGAAACAAAUCGUCGGGGCCACUGGCUGGACAACCGAAUUGCCCCUAGCAGGCAGUGCUCUCCAGCCAGAUCCCACCUACCCCAGCCCGCCCACGUCAUCACAUGGUCAGCUCGGCUCCAUGGAUGAGCGACUGAAGUAUCCCGACCCGGGCUGGAACUCGGAGAUGGAGCCCGUGAAAUUUUUGCAUUUUGGAGGUCACCGCGUUGAUGUGCGAGAUGCACGACUCCGACUCAAUGAAUCUCGUCUAUUGACACCGAGGCCUCAGCAGUAUCAGCUAUAUCAUCCCAAUCUGUCAGGUCCUUUGAUUCAGCAUGAUGGUCAAGUCUAUGCUCCUGCGCCGCAAUUGGAGGUAUAUGGGUCUCGUGCGCGUAGUGGGAGCUCCCCUGUGCACCCUAACUAUCCUGGUUUGGGUGUGCGGUUCCCAUGA